AUGCUCCAACUUGGCGCAUUAACUACCGAUCGGCCGCAUCUCGUUGUCAUGCUGCGCACGUCGCCCCACGUGCGCUCACGUUCACAGCGCAUGUCUGAGGCAUAUGAAGAUGGCGACGAGCGCAAUGCAUUCUUGCGCGAUUCCAACGAAUCGAUCGAUACAUAUGAGCGGGCGAAGCGAGCAUCGCCGCCAUGGAGAAUGUGGCGAUGGUUUCAGUGGUCACGUCGUGAUUUGCCUACAAACCGCACAAUCACGCUCGAUGAGCCGGAGAAUAUGCAAGCACGAUACCCUCCAAAUGUGGUGCGCAACCAAAAAUAUAACCUCGUGACGUUUCUACCUCUCGUGCUAUAUGAGCAAUUCAAGUUCUUUUUCAACCUGUACUUUCUGCUUGUCGCACUGAGCCAAUUUAUUCCUGCGCUCAAGAUUGGAUUUCUUGUCACAUAUAUUGCGCCACUUUCUUUCGUUCUUUGCGUGACGAUUGGAAAGGAAGCUAUGGACGACUACGAGCGCCAUAAACGGGAUGUCGAAAGCAACAGUUCUCCGUACGCUGUACUCGGCCAGGGUCCUAGCUCCACUCCUGAACAUUCAAGAAGCGCUCACCACACGUCAACAUCUGAUCUUGAAGCACCAACUUUGUCUGACACUCUAAUUUCUCAUGUGCCGAGUAGCCGAUUGCGCGUUGGUAAUCUGGUCAUGCUUCAUAAGAACCAGCGUGUACCAGCUGAUAUGUUGUUGCUUAAGACGUAUGCAGCAGAUGCGUCUGAUGAUACGAAUGAGUCAUCAAGUGGCUCGUCAGAGACAGGAACGUGCUUCGUUCGCACGGAUCAACUUGACGGCGAGACCGACUGGAAAUUGCGGCUCGCUGUGCCUGCGACGCAAAACAUGUCAGAGGACGACAUCACAGCUCUAGGAUCUCGGGCCGUCGUUGUUGCUGGUCCUCCCUCAAAGGAUUUGCAUUCGUUUGUUGGCACAUUUACGAUUCAUCCACCAACAGACUUGCCUCCUGCUUGGGACAGCGAUGAGCGCGACAUGGCACUUUCAGCCCAGCCGCAUGUCACGCCACUGACUGUCGAUCAUGUAUUGUGGGCAAAUACCGUGCUUGCUGCUGGACGUGCAAUAGGCAUGGUCAUAUACACGGGCCGAGAGACCCGCUCAGUUAUGAAUACAUCACAUCCUCAAACAAAGGUUGGUUUGCUAGAUCUUGAAAUCAAUCGACUGUCCAAGAUUCUUUGCGCUGUUACACUGUCAUUGUCCAUUCUCCUUGUCGCUCUCAAUGGGUUCCGAGGCAAAUGGUAUAUUUACGUAUUCCGCUUCCUGAUCCUCUUUAGUUCGAUUAUACCGAUCAGUUUGCGAGUUAACCUCGAUAUGGGCAAGACUGUAUACGCGCGACAGAUUAUGGGUGACCAUGAUAUCCCUGAUACGAUCGUGCGUACGUCGACACUGCCUGAAGAACUUGGCCGUAUCGAGUACUUGCUCAGUGACAAGACUGGCACUCUGACUCAGAAUGAGAUGGAACUUAAGCGCCUGCACUUAGGCACAAUGAGCUAUGGAUGGGAUAGCAUGGAUGAAGUUCGGAAACAGAUGCAUGAGGCUCACGAACAAAAAGAUGUUCGACGCACUCGUACAUGGCGCGAUAUGAGCAUGCGCGUAUAUGAAAUUGUUCUUGCACUUGCUUUAUGUCACAACGUGACACCUGUAACGAACGAGGAUGGCAGCGUGACUUACCAAGCAUCGAGUCCAGAUGAAGUCGCUCUCGUAAACUGGACCGGCACUGUGGGACUAAACCUUGUGGCUCGUGAUCAACAUUCGAUUACUCUUGAGUCUGACUUUGGCAGGCUUGUGUUUGAUAUCCUAGAAGUAUUUCCUUUUACUUCUGAGCGAAAACGUAUGGGCAUCGUCGUGCGUGAUCGCUCGUCUGGUGAAGUCAUUUUCUACCUCAAAGGUGCUGACGUAGUCAUGAGUCGCAUCGUUACCUACAAUGAUUGGCUGGAUGAGGAGUGUGGAAACAUGGCUCGAGAAGGGCUUCGAACCCUGGUCAUGGCUAGGCUGCGCUUAAGUGAAGAGUCUUGGCAACAAUUCCAACGCUCUUACAAUGCAGCAAAGAUCCUUGUCGAGCAUCGGGACGAAGCCAUGGCUGACGUUGUUGCAGCUAAAUUGGAGCAAAACAUGGAAUUAUUAGGUUUGACAGGUGUGGAGGACAAGCUACAAGAAGAUGUCAAAACCACGUUGGAGUUGUUGCGGAAUGCAAAUAUUAAGAUUUGGAUGUUAACGGGAGACAAAAUCGAGACGGCCACGUGCAUUGCUAUCUCAACCAAGCUAGUUGCUCGGAAUCAGUAUAUUCACCAAGUAUCCAAGGUCUCGACACUCAGCGCUGCUCGAGACGCGCUCCUUUUUCUGCAGUCCAAGCUGGAUUGUUGUUUGGUGAUCGACGGCGACUCGUUGCAAUUCUUUUUCGAUCAUUUCAAGCACGAGUUCAUCGAGAUUGCAACACAGCUUUCUGUCGUUGUGGCGUGCAGAUGCUCGCCCACUCAAAAAGCUGAUGUUACUCGUCUCAUCCGAUCAUUUACGAAUAAGCGCGUGUGCUGUAUAGGGGAUGGUGGUAAUGACGUGUCAAUGAUCCAAGCUGCCAAUGUUGGGAUUGGGAUUGUUGGAAAGGAAGGCAAACAAGCUUCUUUAGCAGCUGACUUUUCUGUGACACAGUUCAGUCAUCUUUCCAAGUUGCUGUUGUGGCAUGGACGCAACUCCUAUCAACGCAGUGCGAAAUUAGCACAGUUUGUGAUUCACCGGGGCCUGAUUAUUUCAGUGAUACAGGCAGUUUUCUCUUCUAUCUUUUUCUUUGCACCUAUCGCUCUGUACCAAGGGUGGCUCAUGGUCGGCUACGCCACAUUCUAUACAAUGGCGCCUGUGUUCAGUCUCGUUCUCGAUCGUGAUGUGAAUGAAGACAUGGCAUUGUUGUAUCCAGAGUUGUACAAGGAUCUGACGAAAGGUCGCAAUCUAUCUGGUAAAACAUUUACCACAUGGCUCACCAUUAGUGUUUACCAAGGUGGUGCUAUUAUCCUUGCGAGUCUUUGGCUCUUUGAGAAUGAGUUUCUCAAUAUUGUUAGCAUUUCUUUUACCGCCUUGAUUCUUAAUGAAUUGAUCAUGGUGGCACUGGAAAUCACCACAUGGCACUCCUACAUGAUCUUGUCGGAAAUUGUCACAUUACUGAUCUAUUGUUUCAGCAUGGCUGUACUGCCAGAGUACUUUGAUUUGAAGUUCGUGCUCACCUACAACUUUUUGUGGAAGACUGCUAUCAUUGUGCUGGUAAGCAGUUUUCCUUUAUAUCUAAUCAAGGCUGUGCAUGCACGUAUAGCCCCUCCAAGCUACAGUAAACUUGUCAUGGCAUAA